AUGUCUUCCCGCGGUGCCGCCUCUGCGGCUGGCCAGCCCUCGAUUCUAUCCUUUUUCCGACCAAACAACAAGGACCCGGCACCGAUGGUGGUGCAACCACCAAAACAACAUCAACAGCCACCCCUCCCACCUCCACCACCGCCCGCACCCCUGCAAUCGCCGAGCCCUGGCGCCGUGGCGGCGGCGGCGGCAGCCUCAUCGCGCGUAGGACCAACGCCUCCCGCAACGACCCCGCACCCGUCGGCCUCGAUCGUGCCCAUUACCGCCGACCACAUCGCCCCGCUGCGCCGCAUCAACGCCCUCCUCCUCUGCGUCAACUACCCAGACUCCUUCUACCAGCGCAUCCUAGACCCGGCCGCGUCGGGCCUCUUCUCUCGCGCUAUCCUGUGGUCCGAGACAGACGACAAAGACACCUCCUUAUCCGCCGAACCGCCAAAGGUCAUCGGCUCCAUCGUCGCGCGCGUCGAGACCUCGCCGUUCAGCAAGCAGCGUUCCGCCCUCUACAUUCAGAGCCUGACGCUCCUCUCGCCCUUCAGGUCGUUGGGGCUCGCUAGGGCCGCGCUGGACGCCGUGCUCGACCACGCCAGGCGCCUGCGGUCUGCCGUCGACAUCUCAGACGUCUAUGCGCACGUCUGGACCGAGAACGAGGACGGGCUGAGGUGGUACGCGGCGCGCGGCUUCGAGCGCGUCGGCUCCCGGCCCGAGCAGGGCUACUACCACAAGCUGCGGCCGGAUACGGCCUGGAUUGUGCGGCGGUCGCUGGACGGAGCCGCAUCCGCCUCGGACAUCUCUGCCGCGAUGGCCCGGACGACGGCGGCAGCGCCACCGUCUCCAGCUGUGGUCCCUCCGUCCGUCACGGCCGCCGUGGUGAACCUACCGCUCAAGACUCCGCCGGCACCGGCACCGACGAGCAGCGCGUCCGCCAAGGCAGCGGCGCUUUGCUUCCAAGACAAGCGGCCCGAGACUGACUGGAACGACCUCCCGCCCGAUGUGGCCGCGGGGCUGCUCACGCCGGGCAGCGGGCAAGGGUCCGAGGCCAGCUCGAGGAGUAGCUCGACGGCGCGGGGGCCCAAGAAGAAGAGGGAUCGGGCGUACCCCGCCGCUGCAUUUGGGAGCUGA